CGCGCAGCUCGCAAAUCAACCAGAGUGCCCCGGCGAACAGACGUGUGCAGACGUGCUAAAAAGUGCUCCAAGUACCCUUAAUCACAUACGACAUACAAGCCCCACAGUCACACACACUCAUACGUUGAGCUGUUUUUUUGUUCGUGAAAGAAAAGAAAGAAGGAGAAAAGAAAAGUGCGGUGGCAAGCAAAAGAGCUUGAAAAAGAGACCAAGAGAAAGAAAGAAAAAGUGAAAAGUCAGAAAAAAAAGAUCAUGGCCAGUGCAGAGCAGAAACACGCCACCACCGGGACCGGGAAUGGAAGCACCGGCAACGGAGCGGUAAACGACGUGGAUCAGCCCAAGGAUGCCAAGGACCUGUUGCCGCACCUGGAGUCCCUCGAAAGGAUCAUCAAAUUGCCCGUGGUAAAUGCGGCAUGGGACAAAUCGCAGGAUGUCUAUGGCAAAGUAAAAGGCAAAAAUCGUGUUUUUGAAUGGGCUUUAACGGCGGCCGAGGAUUGUGUGACCCGAGCGGUGACAACAGCAGCUCCUUUCGUCACCAAACUGGACCGACCCAUCGCCUAUGUGGACCAAACCCUGGUAAAGGGCAUUGAUAAGCUGGAGGUGAAGGCACCUAUUAUCAAGGAUACGCCGCAGGAGAUCUACAACCAGGCAAAGAGCAAGGUGAUCGAUGUGGUGCAGCCGCACCUGGAGCGAGUGGUCAAGUUCAAGGCCGCCGGCCAGCAGAAGGCCGCUUCGCUGAAGGACCUCGCCUGGCAGAAGGCCAACGAGGUGCUGGCCACCCAGUACGGCAGCCUGGCGGUCAACGGAGUAGACACUACCACAGCGCUAGCCGAGCGCCUCCUGGAGUACUAUUUCCCCAAGUGCGAGUCCGAUGUGGAGGAGGAUAAUGAUGAUAAACAAAAUGCCGUCGUGCAGAAUGGCAAGAGUUCUGAAAAUGACAUGCCAGUUCCCGCCAGCGAGGAUCCAGUCCUACACACAGUACAGACGGUUGGACGGCUAUCCAACAAGAUCUCGCGUCGCGUCUAUCGAAAUGUCUCCCGACAGAUCAAGCAGGUCCAGAAGGGCAACAUCAACGACUAUCUGAGCUCCCUGAUAGCCGCCCUCAAGUUGCAUCAGUACAUCAACUUUAUUAACUCAUCGAUGGGCACGAAUGUGGAGCAGUCGGGCAGCAGUGAUACCUGUUCGCCAUUUGGACCCACCACUUCCAGCAGCAGCACCACCACCAGCUCUACCAGCAACAACGCGGCGGUUGUGGCCAAGCCCCAAGUCGCUAAGAGCAAACCGGCGGCGGCGGUGUCGUCUCAGUAGUGGAAAAAUCAGAAGCCCAUAAAUAAUUAUAUCUAUAGCUAGAUAUUAUCCUCUUUCACACACACGCACACCACACACAAUGCUCCUAACACCCAACCACCCACGCCGCCCAUUUUAUAUUUUAAAAUUUCGUUUUUUUUUUUGCGUACUUUUGUUUUUCAUUGAGUACUCGCCUAUAUAAUUAGUACUUCCCAUAGAGGAUCAUCAAAAGUGGAGAAGGUUUUUCGAACACGCCUACCCCCGAAACCCGCCCUCCCCUGCGCACCCUGCUUUGUAAAUAUUUAUUUGAAGUAUAGCCCUCACCAACAUAGUUUUAAGUUAUAGUAGGCCCAGAGAUCGGGAGUAAGAAGAGCGCGUUUUUUUUAAAUCAAUUUUAGCUGUGCUAAAGUGCCACGCAUGCAUUGAAUAAAAACAUAAUAUAUACGCCUAUAUAUGCCUAAUAUAUACACUGAUAUAUAAUAUAUAUAAAAAAAAACGUACGCACACGUUGGCAUAGUGUGGUUAAGCUAUACGUAUACGUAAUCUAAUGCCUUAUGCUAUUUCUAUCUCUAUUUAAUUUCCAUUGUACGCUCGCUGGGAGUCCAACCAGAUGAUGUCUAAUUGCUAAUGAAAAUGAAUUAUGCCUAUCAUAUAUAUAUAUAUAUAUACGCAACACAACAAUACACACCCUCACACACACUUGUAUGGAGAACCUAGCCAUAAUGUUUGCUUUAAACAACUAGAUUGAUAAUAUUAAAUAUUAAUAAAAAGAACCAACGCAAAACUGGAACGAAGAACAAGAAAA